CCUCCCCACUGAGGCCCAUGCACCUGGCUGGGGUGGCCAGUGGUGCCGCCCAGCACCUGGGUGGAAGAGGCAGGCAGGGCCAGCCUUUGUCCCACCUGCUGACUCUCCAGCCCCAGGCUCAGAGUAGGAAUCUGAGAGGAGGUGGUUUAGGGUUCCUGGAGCAUGCUGGACCCUCUUUGUCCAGCUGGCUAGGACAGCUGGGUGGGUCACUGCAGUGUGUGACCUGGUACUGCCUUCCUGAAUACCUGAGUGUUGGGGAGGGUGGGAAACAGAACUGUGCUCCACUCCAGCCCAGGCAGUGGGCACAGGGUCAGUGGGUUGGGGAGCUCUGGGAUGCUGGUGCUAAAGUCUAUUUUCCUGUCCCCAGCAGACCAAAUCUGCCCUCUUGGAGAGAUUGGCAGGAGGGCUUCUCCCACUUCUUCUAACACCAGCCCUACCCAGGAGCUCUCAGGGUUUGGCUAAGCUCCCCUACAAGGGAAUUUGACCUUCAUGGUGGAGUUGAGGCUACAAGGAAGUCCCAGGCUGGUACAGCUUGGCCGGUCGUCACCUCCAUGGAAUGUCACCUGUGGGGUGGAGCAGGCUGAGCAGUUGGCUGCCAGCUGGGGAACUCUGUCUCCGUUUGAGCUUGCCCCACCCCUGCCCAGGUCUGGGACCCAUUCUGUCUGGGUAGCCUGGGGUGAGAACCCCUAGGACCAAGGUUAGCUUCCCUGGGUGCAGUAGAGUUGAUGGGGGAGGGUGCCCUACUGGGAGCACGGGACCAUCCUUAAAGCCUCUGUGGGAGGGUGGGGUGGGGCUUACCCGCCUACAGUGUCCACUUUCUGCUCCAGGAUAGACAGGCUUCUGCAAGGAUCUGGGCUGCAGGAAGGUGCAGGGGACCUGGGAGACAGCCUCUCCAAGGCAGUGACACCCUGACCCUUCUGUCCCCUGCACUGCGCUCCCUCCACCCUUCCCAGGCAGAGGGUGGCAGCCUUGGGGCUCUUUGCAUCAUCCUGUGGCUUCACCGUCUUCACUCAGCAGCAGCAGGGCGGCAGAGGGAAGGGCAGAACCAGCCACUAUGGCGACAAGCCUCUCCCACCCCCAGCGUCGCCCUCCCCUCUUGCGCCAGGCCAUCAAGAUAAGGCGCCGCAGGGUCAGAGACCUACAGGAUGCCCUGCCUCCAACAACCCAGGAGAUUGAGCCUCCAUCCCACCACUUCUCCCCUGAGGAGCGGGACCUGCUCUAUGAGGAAGCACUCUACACUGUCCUGCACCGCCUGGGUCAGCCGGAGCCCAACCAUGUGACCAAGGCCUCGGAGCUGCUGGGAUAUCUACAGGAGGCCUUCCAGCUGCAGCCCGGGGAGCACCAGCAGAUGCUGCAGCGGGUCAGGGAGCUUGAGAGGCCAGUAUUUUGUCUGAAGGCAACAGUGAAACAGGCCAAGGGCAUCCUGGGCAAGGAUGUCAGUGGGUUCAGUGACCCCUACUGCCUGCUGGGCAUCGAGCAGGGGGUGGGUGUGCCAGGGGGCAGCCCUGGGUCCCGGCGUAGGCAGAAGGCGGUGGUGAGGCACACCAUUCCUGAGGAGCAGACCCACCGCACCCAGGUUGUCAACCAGACACUCAACCCUGUCUGGGACGAGACCUUUAUCCUGGAGUUUGAGGACAUAACCAAUGCGAGCUUUCACCUGGACAUGUGGGACCUGGACACUGUGGAGUCUGUCAGACAGAAGCUUGGGGAGCUCACAGAUCUGCAUGGGCUCCGGAGGAUCUUUAAGGAGGCUCGAAAGGACAAAGGCCAGGAUGACUUUCUGGGGAACGUGGUUCUGAGGCUGCAGGACCUUCACUGCCGAGAGGACCAGUGGUACCCCCUGGAGCCCUGCACCGAGACCUACCCAGACCGUGGCCAGUGCCACCUCCAAUUCCAGCUCAUUCACAAGAGGAGAGCCACGGCAGCUAGCCGCUCCCAGCCCAGCUACACUGUGCACCGCCACCUGCUGCAGCAGCUUGUGUCCCAUGAAGUCACCCAGCACCAGGCGGGUAGUACCUCCUGGGAUGGGUCACUGAGUCCCCAGGCCACCACCAUCCUCUUUCUCCAUGCCACGCAGAAGGACCUAUCUGACUUCCACCAGUCCAUGGCACAGUGGCUGGCCUACAGUCGCCUCUACCAGAGCCUUGAGUUCCCUAGCAGUUGCCUCUUGCAUCCCAUCACCAGCAUGGAGUACCAGUGGAUCCAGGGCCGGCUCAAAGCAGAACAGCUGGAGGAACUGGCCACCUCAUUCACCUCCCUGCUGGCCUACGGCCUCUCCCUCAUCCGGAGGUUCCGCUCUGUCUUCCCUCUUUCUGUCUCUGACUCCCCAUCCCGGCUGCAGUCUCUCCUCAGGGUCCUGGUGCAAAUGUGCAAGAUGAAGGCCUUUGGAGAACUGUGCUCAGACAGUGCCCCACUGCCCCAGCUGGUGAUGGAGGCUUUGAGGACUGGUACAGUUGAAUGGUUCCACCUGAAGCAGCAGCACCAUCAGCCCAUGGUGCAGGGCAUGCUAGAGGCAGGCAAAGCCUUGCUGAACCUGGUACAGGAUGUCAUGGGUGACCUGCACCAGUGCCAGCGCACAUGGAACAAGAUCUUCCAAAAUGUCCUCAAGAUCGACCUCUUCUCCAUGGCUUUCUUGGAGCUACAGUGGCUGGUGGCCAAGCGGGCACAGGACCACACAUCGGCAGUGGGCAGCCCUGUGUCUCCAGAGAUGGGCGAGAGUCUGUUCCAGCUCUACAUCAGUCUAAAAGAGCUCUGCCAGCUGGGCCCAGUCUCUCUAGACAGGGACAGAGUCCUGGCUCUGGAUAGUUUUCACCGCUGGUUCCAGCCAGCCAUUCCCUCCUGGCUGCAGAAGACCUACAGUGUGGCCCUGGAGCGGGUGCAGCGUGCUGUGCAGAUGGACAAGCUGGUGCCCCUGGGGGAGCUGACCAAACAUAGCACGUCAGCUGUGGACCUGUCCACCUGCUUUGCUCAGAUCAGUCACACUGCCCGGCAGCUGGACUGGCCAGACCCAGAGGAGGCCUUCAUGAUCACUGUCAAGUUUGUGGAGGACACCUGCAGGCUGGCCCUGGUGUAUUGCAGCCUUAUAAAGGCCCGGGCCCGAGAGCUCUCUGCAGGCCAGAAGGAUCAGGGCCAGGCAGCCAACAUGCUAUGUGUGGUAGUGAAUGACAUGGAGCAGCUUCGGCUGGUGAUUGGCAAGCUACCCGCUCAGCUGGCAUGGGAAGCCCUGGAGCAGCGGGUGGGGGCCUUGCUGGAGCACGGCCAGCUGCAGAACACACUACAUGCCCAGCUGCAGGGUGCACUGGCUGGACUGGGCCACGAGAUCUGCACAGGUGUCCGCACUCUGGCUGAGCAGCUGGAGGUGGGCAUUGCCAAGCACAUCGAGAGACUUGUGGGUGUCAAGGAGUCCGUUCUGCCUGAGGAUGCCAUUCUGCCCCUGAUGAAGUUCCUGGAGGUGGAGCUUUGCUACAUGAAUACCAACCUGGUGCAGGAGAAUUUUAACAGCCUUCUGACCCUGCUGUGGACCCACACACUCACGGUGCUAGCAGAGGCAUCGGCCUCCCAGCGCAGCUCAUCCCUAGCCUCUAGCAGGCUGAAGGUUGCCCUGCAGAACCUGGAGAUCUGCUUCCAUGCUGAGGGCUGCGGCUUGCCACCGGAGGCUCUGCACACGGCCACCUUCCAGGCUCUACAGAGGGACCUGGAACUGCAGGCGGCCUCCAGCCGGGAGCUCAUUCAGAAGUACUUCUGCAGUCGCAUCCAGCAGCAGGUGGAAACCACCUCUGAGGAGCUGGGUGCCGUCACCGUCAAGGCCUCUUACCGCGCCUCUGAGCAGAAGCUGCAUGUGGAGCUGCUCAGUGCCUCCGGCCUGCGACCCUUGGACUCCAAUGGCUCCAGUGACCCCUUUGUCCAGCUGACCCUGGAACCCAGGCAUGAAUUCCCCGAGUUGGCACCCAGGGAGACCCAGAAACACAAGAAGGACCUUCACCCGCUGUUUGAUGAGACCUUUGAAUUCCUGGUGCCUGCUGAGCCAUGCCAGAAGGAUGGGUCGUGCCUCCUGCUCACGGUGCUGGACCAUGACACACUGGGGGCUGAUGACCUGGAAGGGGAGGCCUUCCUGCCACUGCGUGGGGUGCCUGGGCUGACCAGCUCUGAGCCCAGUGAGGCGCCCCAGAUGCGCCUGCCUCUCACGUAUCCUGCGCCCAAUGGAGAUCCAAUCCUGCAGCUGUUGGAGAGCCGGAAGGGUGAUCGAGAGGCCCAGGCUUUUGUGAGGCUGAGGAGGCAGCGAGCCAAGCAGGCCUCCCAGCAUGCCCUAAGGCCAGGGCAAUAGAGGAGGAGUUGGGGGAUGGGGCUGGUCCUUGGUGGAGUCUUACCCACCACGGUUCAUUCCCCUAGCCUGGCCUAACAUUUGGAGAGCCAUAGCAAGUGUAACGGUCAGAAUGCAGCCUCUCUAGACUCUCCCAUGGCCACAGUGAUGGGUGCAUUAUUAACAAUAUUUACACUCCCUCCAGCCCUGGCCUCAGCAUUCUCUGACACAUCCCAGCACAGAGGAAUAACUCCUGCCCCUGCUUCCCCCGCAAAAACUGCUCUGGUGGGCCAGGGUCUAGAGCCCUCCGUCUCCUGGCCUUCCUCCUUCAGCUUUGCUAGGGUGUGGUGGGCCCAGACUGUCAGGACCCAGGCUGUGAGCAGAGCCUCCCUGGGGCUCCAGCUGCCCCAGGGGAAGGGUGGUGGUGGCCAUUAUUGGAGAGACCAAAGGACUUUGGCUCUGGAAUGAGAGCUGGCAGGCAGCAGGGCUGGCACCAAUGGACAGCAGAAAAGACAAUGUGACUGCGUCUGCUGAGGGUUCUUCCUUCAGGAGGUAUCUAUCAUCUAGAAACUUUCUUAGAAAAAAAAAAUAAAAAAAAUUUAUCCACA